UCUGCCUCUUUCUUUCUGCUCCACUCACGGGCGAGUCUCGCGCACUGGGCUGCCCGUGUUCACCACACACUUUGCACGCCCCGCUUUAAACAAUGAGAAUGGAGGCGCUUUGUGUCGGACAGAGAUUGACUCGCUUCUCUGUGUUUGUGUAGUACUCUCUGCUUAUAUUCGGGAUCACGUUAUAUCGCUUUAACACACAAUGGGGUGCUGCAGCGGACGACGCACCCUCAUAUUUCUGUGCACGUUUCAGUUGAUGGUGGCAUUAGAAAGGCAGGUGUUUGAUUUCUUGGGCUACCAGUGGGCCCCCAUCCUUGCCAACUUCUUCCACAUCCUAGUGGUCAUCCUGGGCCUGUUUGGCACCAUUCAGUACAGACCUCGGUACAUUGUGGUGUACACUGUAUGGACAGCAGUGUGGGUGGCCUGGAAUGUCUUCCUCAUCUGUUUCUACCUGGAGGUUGGAGGACUGUCAAAGGACAGCGACCUCUUGACCUUUAACAUCUCGGCGCAUCACUCCUGGUGGAGCGAGCACGGGCCGGGCUGUGUUCGGCGAGAAAUCCCCGCCAGCGGAGAGCAUGAUGCAGACGCACAGUCCUACAUAUCAAUUAUGGGCUGCCUGCUGGAGUACCAGUACAUAGAAGUUCUGCACAGCGGCUUUCAAAUCCUUAUCUCUCUGUUGGGUUUCAUCUACGCCUGCUACGUCAUUAGCGUUAUCACUGAGGAGGAAGACAGCUUUGAUUUUAUUGGUGGAUUUGACCCAUUCCCACUCUACCAUGUCAAUGAGAAACCAUCUCAUCUUCUGUUAAAGCCCAUGCAUCAGUCUUCGUAAAUGAAAGAGCAGGUCAGAUGAUUCAUCCACUCCAGCAGACUGCUCAUACCUCACCUCCCUCCUCAUUCCUUGAGAUCUGCCUCUCCACUGUUUCCUCAUUCACACGCUUUCCACUCUUCCUGAUCAAGCCCUUCUGGUCUGGGAGAGGACUGGAGAGUCGGCUGUCCAAUACAAAACACAGUCCAGCUGUCUCGUUCAGAAACAUAUUGAAACAAAAACACCCAUUGUUAGGCAGGUUUGCAUGUCAUGUAUGGUCUAAGAUCAGUGUGCAUUGUAUGAGAUCAUGGACAGCAGGCCUGUGAGUGACUCAGUGGAGUUCAGAUGUUGAGGUUAACUGACUUCCAGCUCUUUGUGUGUGUGUGUGUGUGUGUGUGUGUGUGUAGGGGGAAUUUAAUGCUGUUUACCUUCACACAGGAUUUGCGCAUGUACACAGUAAAACACAAGAGUAUGCAGAGAGGAGGAAGGGUGGUUUGGAAAGUGGGUGGGACCCAGAAUAAAAGACAAAGCAAGCAAACCUCAUGUGGAUAUGUUUCCAAAAUAGAAGCAAACGAUAAAAACGCCGCGUUUUGCGAAAAUAAGACCAGACGGUUCUUUCAUGUGUCAGUAUGAUGUGUGAUUACAUUGUCAAAUUCAGUUUUAGUUGGAUUUUAUACUGCGGCCUGAAAAAGUAUUUAGACAUUUAAGCCAGACUGAAAAUAUGCCAUGAGUCCAAAUACUUGUCACUUGUUGUACAGGCCCCAUCAGUGUUCUUCCUACGUGUGUUUGAAUAUAAUCGUCUUUAGAAAAUAGCCGGGUUUCUUUUGGCAUUCAGUCAAAAUCAAUAAAAUGAUCACAUAAUCUGUUUUUUAUUGUAAAACUGACAGAUAUGAUCAAAUGGGAAGGUUCUUUUAUAUGAAUGGUGCUUGUAAUCAAAUACCAGUUUGUGAACAAAUAACAAUAUGUAAUAUUGUAUCAGCAUGUAUCCUUUUCUUUAUCUGAGUAACAGUCGAGUGUCUUUCACUGUAGAUGCAAAGCUACUGUUUCUGUUUACUGGAAAAAAUAAACCAUAAAGCACAACUGGAUGACCUAACAUGCAAUGUUACAUGUAUAAUAACAUGUAUGACACGGUUUAAAGAGAGGGGCUGUGUAUUUCUUUUCAAACUGAGAUGUGAAGGUCGGUCUGAACAAAUUGCUGAACAAGGCCAGAUUUGAUGUGUACUGUAUUAGCAACAUUACGAUCUUGCGCUUAAGGGACAGUUCUUCCAAAAAUGAAAAUUCUGUCUUUAUUCACUCGCCCUUGAGUCGUUCUAACUUCUAAAUCUGAAAAAAAAAUGUUCAGAUGAACACAAAAGAAGAUAUUUUGAAGGAUCUGGGGCACUUUGGACAACCAUUGUAAUUUUUCCUACUAUGGGAGUCGAUGGUGGCCAAGCACUGUUUGGUUACAAGCAUUCUUCCAAAUAUCUUUCUCUAUAUUCGUCAGAACAUCAUUUAUUCAGAUUUGGAACAACUUGAGGGGGAGUAAAUGACGACAGAAUUUUCAUUUUUGGUUGACUGUCCCUUAAUUCAGUGGUUCUCAAACUGGGGGCCGUGGCCUCCUGGGAGGCCACAAGAUUGUUCCAGGGGGGCACAGAUUUUGUGGCAUUUUAGAAAUAUGGAUAUUUAUCAUACAUUUUGUGCAAUCAAACAUCAGAAAAACAACACCACCAACCAAAAUAAUUGAUGUUUUAGCAUUGUUUAACUGAAUAUUUUCUUGGUUUAAUUAAAAUUUUAAGUUUAAGAUUAUAAAUCUUUAUUUGGGGGGGCCGCAAAGCAAUGCACUCUGCACAAAGGGGGCCUUACAACAAAAAAGUUUGAGAACCACUGCCUUAAUUCACCUCAAAUGAAGAUUCUGUCAUCAUUUACUCCAUCUAUAUUGUUCCAAACAGUGACUUUCUUUUAUGAAACACAAAGUCUAUUAAUUUAAAGUGUAUGCAAGUUAGAAAUGGCAAGAGUUCAUUGGAACUGUUUAACCAUUAAAUCGUUGAGUUUUGUAUUUGACAGAAACAUUUUCAGCGUCAUUUGUAUCCAUUAAAGAAAUAGUUCACCCAAAAAUGAAAGAUCUUAUAAUUUACUCGCCUUCAUGCCUCAGAUGUAAAUGGAAAAUUUUCAUAUUUGCGCGAAUAUUCUUUCAUCACAUUGCCUGUGGACCUCUCCUGCCCCCUAGUGUCCAAAAUAUUUCUUUACAACCAUAGACUGUUCAAAUCCAUAGACUGGAAGGACUGCAUUUUCUACCACUUCUCUGUGUAAUUUGUCAUUGUAGAGUUUAGGAUGUUAAAUAUAGGUCAUUGUUACAAAUCUGUGUCCCUCUCUUUCUCCUAUGUCGUCACAUCAAACUAUUUUAAUAUCUUUCGUCUCUUCUCCAUAUGUUCAUUGACUGCUUGUCCAAUAACAUGUGUUUGCUGAUCAGAGUGUAAAUAAAUGUUUGUUAAUAAAAUAUGUGCUUUUCAU